AUGCCCGUCAAGUCCAACAACGGCUCUGCCGCCAACAGGUUCGCCCGCCUGGGCUACAACACCAUCUUCAAGCGCAACUCCGUCUUCAUGACCACCAUCUUCGUCAGCGCCUUCGCCGCGGAGAUGGCCUUCGACACGAUCUCUGAACGUGUCUGGGACAACCUCAACAAGGGCCGCCAAUGGAAGGAUAUUUCCGCCAAGUACACUACCGAGUAA